GGAAGGAGAGCGGGCGCGGGGCCGUAUCGGGUGCUCGGAGGGGCCGCGGGGCCAUGGCCGGUAGCAGGAGGAACGUGUUCUUGGCAAAAUUACUGAAACGACUCUAUGGUGAAACAUCAUCAUCUUCUCUUGUUCAUACUUCAAGUAGAGAAGAGGAGGUGGUUCUUGAAAAUCUUGGAUCAAAAUCUAAAGAAAAGAAUUUGGAUAAUGUUCAGAUUUCAUCAGCAGAUGCUAGCACAUCAACUAAUACACCCUGUGAAUCAUUUCAAGGUAAUGAUGAUACAGUUAUGUCUCCAAGAAGAAUUUACACAGUGGAUCUUCCUCCAGAGGGUUAUGUUGCAGUUACUCCAGAUGCUCUUAGUAAGGCUAUUUCUGAAAACUCUGGCAGUAGUGCUGACUCAACAGAAGAGGAAUAUCAAGGGCAAACCAAGAGAAAACGAAUUCGAAAGAAGAAACAAAAGAGCAGUUUACAAAUCUCUAGUAAUUUACAUGGAGAACAAACAGAUUUGGGAAUGCAAGAGACUGUUGUUCAAGAUAAUUUACAGCUGCAGCAAACAGACGGUCCCAAAAUAAGCAAAAACAAAAAGAGGAAAAUGAAAAAGAAGCGACAGAAAGAAAAAAAGAGAGCAGCUGGCUUAGUAACAAAAACUACCAGUCUGGAUUUUACAUAUCAGCCUGACAAAAACAACAAAGAAGAAGCAGCAGGCUUAAAAGACAUAGGUGAAAAGGCAGAUAGCAUUCUGGACUUCCUGCAGGCAACACAACAAAUCUAUUUUGCUGACAAGAAAUCAGAAUGCAGAGAUGGUGCUGUAAAUUCAGCAACUGCCCAAGAGCUCUUACAAUGUCUUGAAUUUGGCACCAUCUCUUCCUCAGAUGUGUCUCAUCUGCAUCGGCUGAAAUCCCUUGUAUUGCUACAGGAUAUUGAGAGAUUGAAGGAUGCUUUGAAACAAUUCCAGGAACAGUCUAUGAUGUCUCCUGAUCAUGCCAAGGUAGCCACAUCUCUGUUUCACUACUGGAUUACAGAUAUCCUUCCUGUGAAGAACAGGAAAUAAAGCCUUACCCCUGUGUCCAUAUGCACAUGAUUAAAAUUGAAUAUACAAACUCUUAACCAAGUAGCAACUCUUCAGGAGGAGCGGUGUCAAUACACAUUCUACACCUUCAGCUAAAUGAGUUACUUUCCUAUGUUACAGACUCCAGAAGACAAUAAAGGUAUAACUACAAUGUGACUUUUGUGAUGGGAUGGUCAAGAGUAUGGCCUGAGUCUUCAGCUGAAUCAAUAUGUACAUUUCACUUUAGGAUAAGGGACUUUACUGGAAUGGUUUCUAUCUGGUAUUUUAUUUAAGAAAUAUAGUAUUAACUUUUUUGGUUUUAUCAUUCCUUUCUGGAAGUUGUAUUUGACUUUUUUUGUAUAUCUGCUUACCUGGAAAACAGACCUGUAUUUUUUUAUAUUUAAACCUAUGCAACAAUAUGUCUGAGGAAUGUAUUUUUGCUGAAUAAACUGCUAAAUUGUGGACAUAGAUAUGUUUCUAUAUGUGGGUCAUGUAGGUCCUGUUUGGAGUUGUGCAGAAGCUUGGAUGGCAUUUUCAGAACUACUUCAUGGCUCAGCUUCAUGGGUUUCACUAAGUUCAGAGUUAUGGCGCUGGGUUCUCUCUCCCUGGUUACUGUGUAAUCUGUCUACGGCUGUGUAACAAUUCUACAAUUGAAUUUAUCCAAGUGUAGAUACUACAGUAAGUAAUAUCCAUGGUUGUAAAAUGUUUAGAAGUAAUGAAGAAAAAAGUGCUUUGUGAGAGGCUCUUCUCUCAAUCUGUCAUUCCUCUGACAGGUGAUACAGAACAAACCAUAUCUUAUAUCUAGGUGUGUUAGCUUUGUCAUCAGUAAGAGAGGGGCAACGUAUUUAACUUCUCCAACUUGUGCUUGGAGAUACACUACUGAUGAGACUAUACAAAUAUCACAUGGGUUUUUUUGCUUUGUUUUUUUUUCUGUUUCAUUAUAUUGCCUGAUAUAUCCUGUUGUAAGGCAUUGGUUUAGUGAUGAUCAAAAUUUAAUAAGAUACAUUUAAUAAGAAUAAAAUCAUACCACUUUCUCAUUAAUUGAGGAAGUUAAAAGGCGUUUGGUAAUACACCAAAUGAUUGCAGGUGCAGAAAAAACAUUCUUAUAGCUAAGGGAGCUAAGGCAGCGCUGAAGAACUUGAGUUUGGUCUGUAUAUAGUAGGAAAGGUGUAUAAACCGGACUUUGCAGAGAAGAAACUAGUAGUGUGUUCUUGAAUUGUAGCUGUGACUUUUCACUGCAAUCUAGUGUGCCUCAGUCCCACAUCUGGAGAAAGAAGGAAACAUCACUGAAUGUGAAGAUACCCUUCUCAACUGACUCAAGGGAAAUUAAUCACUUCAUCCUCACUUUAAGGUUUGAAUGUCACACAGUAAAUGAGGCCUAGGAACUGCAAAAAAGGAUACACAGCAACUCAUUAGGUAAACACCAUCUGUCCUAAACACUGAAUAUGAAAAAUAUAAACGGUGUCAUGUAAUCAAACUUGAAACACAAGUAUGAAAGAGAUCAAAUUAAGACUGCAAAAAUAACUAGUGUCUGCAUUUCCUGAUACUUGAGUGACUGUGCUGAGGGAAGUUAUAGGGCUGCUGCCUUGAGUAGACACCAGGACCUGGCAAUCCCUCCCCAUUGUUCUCUAGAUUCUUGGUUAGUGUACCUGGAGAUCUGGAUGUCAGUGUAGGUGACUCCAGUUUCCGUAUUUCCAUGUUCAGACAGUAGCAAUGCUUAAUCAGCACAUACCUCAGGGACUCACACGCAAGACACAGCUGACUACGCAGCCUUUUGAUCCCUUGAACAGUGGGACAGCCAAUCUUCCUAUCCCUGCCUGCAUCCUGGGCCCUCUUGUCUGCCCUAUGGCUCUCCUGCGCACCAGCUAGUCCAGCCUGGAACACUACCACAUGUUCGCACUCUCAUCCCACAGGCACUCAUGUACUCGUGUCACAGCCUUGGUUAUUGCUUUAAUUUCUCUUACUUAAUACUCCUCUUUCAGUCCUUGGUCAUUUCUCAUAAUCAUAGAUUGGUUUGAGUUGGAAAGGACAUAAAGAUAAUCAAAUUCCAGCCCACCUGCCAUGGUCAGGGACACUUUCCACAAGACCAGAUUGCUCAAUAUUAAAGUGAUUUUUUAAAAUUCUACUGGAUUUUCAAUAGCUGCAUAUAGAUGAGCAGAUUUUGAUAUCUUUGCCAAACAGAAAUAUUUUGACAGAAUCACAAAAUAGGUAAGAUUGGAAAGGAUCCCCACAGUGGGAUCAUCUAGUCAGCCUCACUGCUAAAGCAGGGUAAAAUUUUGUACUAUUCCAGUAAGUACAAUUCACAGGUCAAAAAUGUACUUUGCUUGUAUUUUGCAGGUAAUAAUGGAUAAAAGAUUACUUUUGGUCUCUUUUUUGUUCCCUCUGCUUUUACCGCUGUAAGAGCCUUAUAUUCUGUGCAGAAAUCAGCUGGCCCCAGCUAAGCAAGCCCAGGAGCAGUUCCUGAGUGUAGCCAGUUAGUCAGUGAUAUCUGAUGUCUUUGCAAAUGACCUGUGAUAGGAGCUGAAUCUUACACUCACCAAACUUGCCACUGUUGCACUAACAGGGAUUAUGAAGAGGAUAAAGUAUGCUAAAGAGUUUAGAAAAUCGGACCAAAUUCAAGCAGAUAAAUUGUAGAUUGUCGUAGAUAAAUGCAAUUGCAUAAGAGUAUAUUUGUUUCUGAAACAAAUGUGCCAGACAGCGGUGUGCUGAAGCGCAACACGCAUGAAGGCACUUAGGAACAAUGCAUAAAAGAACACAGCAGAAAGAUCUAGUUUAAAAGCAAAAGAAAUGGACAUUACUCAUAAAUUAAAUUAGGCAGUGUACUAAAAAUGGCAAGGGUUUCAUAUUUGACAUUCUAUUUGCAGUCAAAAAGAUUUCAUACGUCUCAAUUUUAAUAUCUGGUCACUUUUCUGCACUGCUUCUCUAAAAGAAAUGGUGCACAAUCUCCUUACACCUUUUCAGGUUGAUUUGAGCAGUGGAUCACAAUGUGGCUGAGAUAUGAAAACUAAAAAAAUUAAUAUCCACCAGUGAACAUGGUUUUUCAUUUCACUAUACAUAGUGUAGCUAUGUACAUAGCUCCUUCAACAUAGCAAUGAAACAUUUAUCCUUUUAGAUUCUCAUGCUAAACUUAACAAUGGCAAAGGAGAUCACCUUGAAUUCAGUUUACUGAAUGUCCUGCAUCAUGUGGAAUUACUGAAACAUGGAAGAGUUUUUUAAGUGGAUUUUGCAUCAAAAUACUUCUGGGUAAACUGUACAUGCAUUAUUAUUAGCAUAUUUCAAGGUUUAAAACUUACAUGGACUCCAAGAGUAGGAAGAAUUUAAGGAUCAACUGGCAAGUACCCUGCAUGUGUGUUCAUGGAUUACCUUUCAAGUGUACAUUAUUGAACAGUGUGCAAUAAGUAAGGAGCAGCAGCACAGUGGGUGGGAAAUGUGCUCUGAGAGGCAGUGGUCCCUUACCAGCAUGUACAAGUAAGACCAAGAGGCUGAAGUCAUUUGAGACAUGCGUUGUAGUGGUUAAGCUGGUCACUCCACUUGUAUGCAAGGGUAUGAGUUCAAAGCCAUUAUCUCUCUAUAUAUACCUAUGUGUUUUAUUCUUAAAAUUGCCUGUAAGACCUUAAUUUUUCUCCUUGUGGAUAUGUAAUAAGGGAAUCAAUCUCUAAUGUUACAGAUUUUUACUGCUUUGUAAUUGGUGCAAUAUUUUAGGCAGUGCUUUACAAUCAUGUAGAGUUAUAAAUUCCUUAAUGUGUUUUCUAUGACAGCUGGCUUUUCUCUCCUGCACCAGUGUAGGGAGUUACUACUCAAUAGGCUGAAUGUCUGAAAUAACAUCUUGGGGAAAAACUAACUUAAAAAAAAAAAAAAAACCAAAAAAAAAAAGCAAGGAAGGAAAAAAGUGCUGAAUGGCAGAAGAUUUUUAAGUUGUCUUUCACCAAAGAAAACUUUUUUCACCUAGUAAUACUAUGUGUAUUAUAAAACCAGUCCACAGACAGAGUGGAAAGAGGUGUGUGUUAUGCAUGUACAGUAUGCUACACACUGGGCAUAAUAACAGACAGUAGUAGUGCAAAA